UAGUGAUAUUGAGUUACCGGAAGUGGAUAUUUGUGAACGUGAUAUUGACAUUAAGGAAAAUAAUGCAGUUAGUGAGUUUCAGGGAAAAGGCUGUGGAUGUCAUAAAAUUCAUGGAAAACCUUGUAGUCAGGUAAUUAACAUUGAUCAGGCUAUUGAAUAUAGAAUGCAGUGUAAGGAAAUGACAUCUGAUGAACUUGAUUUAACAGUUAAAGUGCAGCUGUCUGCCCACAUGAGAGAUCUUACUCACUGGUCAUCUGCUAGGAACAAGAAACAGCAAUAAAAGGACAGAGAAAGGGUAUCACAAGAAUAUUUUGUGUUUGGUGUAAAAAUGUGCAGAGAAACCUUCAUGUUUUGUCAUGGUAUAAGUAAGAAUAAGCUGGCAAACAUAGCUUCCUCACUUGAUAAAAAUGGACUUAAACCUAGGACUCAUGGAAAUACAGGUAAAAUGCCCAAGCAUGAUUUGUCAAUGACUGACAUUGAACAGAUUGUAAGUUUUUUGUCCAGCUAUGCAAAUGCUAAUGGUUUGCCAUUACCAGGUAGAUUGCCAAAUUACAGACAGGAAAGUGUUAUACUGUUACCAUCUGAUCAGAGUAAAGCUGACAUACAUGCUCUUUAUAAUGAAGCAGCUCAGCAAAAUAGUUUCAGGGUAGUCAGCCUAUCUGAAUUCAAGAAAAUAUGGCUGCAACAAUGUCCACACAUAGUUAUUUGUAAACCAGCUACAGAUCUUUGUGCUAAAUGCCAAAAAUAUGCACAUGAAAUCUCUAACAGUGGAAACUUAAGUGAGGAAGACAAAGAAAAACUUUUAGAGAAUUACAGAACAUAUCUGAGUAAAGCCAAAUGUCAGAGAGAUUACUACAGGGAAAAAUGUGAGGCUGCUAAGUUGAAUUAUUCAGUGAUGACUCCAGAACAGAAACUGAGAGGUCAGCCACCAUGUUCAUUGCCUAGAACACAGCAAUACUCAUUUGACUUUGCCCAGCAGCUAUUUUAUCCACACCAUGCUCAACAAGUUGGACCUCUGUAUUUCAAAACUCCCAGGAAGUGCCAGUGCUUUGGAGUGUGCUCAGAAGGAGCAGGUACACAGGUAUUCUAUCUCAUUGAUGAAGCAGACUGCACUGGUAAAGGAGCUAACUGUGUGACCAGCUUACUGCACCAUCAUUUUCAGCACCAUGGGUUUGGAGAGGAGCAUGUGCAGUUGCAAAUGGACAAUUGUUCUGGACAAAACAAAAACAACACUGUAUUGUGGUAUGGGCUAUGGAGAACUAUGACUGGGCUACACAAGACUGUUGAGUUCUCACUCAUGGAAGCUGGCCAUACAAAGUUUAGUCCAGAUUGGCACUUUGGAGUAUUCAAGUCUAAAUGGCGACACUGUACAGUUGAGACCCUAGACCACAUUGCUACAUGUGUUCUUCUGUCUUCAUAAAACAGGCACAAUAUACCUCAGCUUGCAAAUGAUAGUGAGAGACCAGUGUUGUUUUAUGACUGGUCUGUAUAUCUUGGUCAGUUUUUCAAAUGCAUUCCUUCUCUGAAAAAGUACCAACACUUCAGCAUGACAAGUGAAAAGCCUGGUGUAGUAUUGGUUAAGGAAUAUGCA